AUGCCUAAGGUAGAGAAGGCUUCGACAUCCCAUCGCGGCUCCGUUUCGACGGCAUCUGCGGCUGGUGGGACCAGGAGCUCGUCUUGGUCUGCAAAGGACGACGAGACUCUGAUCCAGGCCCGCGCUCAAGGGUUGAACUGGAAUCAGAUCGCACCUAAGCACUUCCCUCAAAAGUCGCCGAACGCCUGCCGUAAGAGGCACGAGCGGUUGAUGGAGAGGCAGAACGCUGAGCAAUGGGAUGGUGUCAAGCUGGAUGUCCUGGCAGCCGCAUACAUGGAUGUUCGACGAGAUAUGUGGGGCCUCCUGGCAGCCCGAGUGGGCGAGAAGUGGCAGCUGGUCGAGCAGAAGUGCAUGGAGAAAGGGCUCAAGAACCUCAACCAGGCGUACCGGUCCGCGCAAAAGAAACAGGGUACCUAUGAUGGCCACCACGAUGACAGCGGAGUCCAACUCUCUGACCUGGACGAAGAACCAGUUGACCGCCCAGCGGACAUUCCAGAGAUGGCGGACCCUUCUCCCUACGCCCAGUAUCCCACAGGCUACCCUUCGCAACAACAGCGGGUACCAAGCAUCCAGUCGAUCCUCCAGCCGCCUAUGGCAGCAUAUCAGCUCCCACACCAAUGA